ACGAGGACAACGAGCAACUGGGCGGCGGAGGGCGAGGAGGAGGAAGAGGAGGCAGACCAACAAGAUGGCCCCUGCUGCAGGAGCAGCCUCAGCAGCAGGUGGGAAGCCAGAGGCGGCGCUGGCGGUGGCGGCGGCAGCCGUGGCCCGGCGGCCUGGGACAGAGUCAGAGUCGACGGUGGCAGCGGCGGUGUCGGCAGCUGCCGUGGCGGUGGUGACGGCCGCGGGGACUCGGAGCUGAGAGGAGCUGCUGCUCGGACCAGCGCGGUUAUAUUUCACACUAUGUGCUGACUGUAUCUACAGAAGAUAUUUAAAAAAAAAAGAUAAACUUUUUUCAAAGAUUUUGAUUCCAGUGGAAUCUUUGCUUUAGAUUUUUUGUGUGUGUAUGUGUUAGUGAAUUGUAAUUCCAGAAGCAAUGCCUGUACAAGCUCCACAAUGGACGGAUUUCCUCUCCUGCCCAAUUUGCACUCAGACUUUCGACGAAACGAUUCGAAAGCCCAUCAGUUUGGGCUGUGGCCAUACUGUCUGCAAGAUGUGCCUAAAUAAACUCCAUCGCAAGGCUUGCCCUUUUGACCAGACCACUAUCAAUACAGACAUUGAGCUCCUCCCCGUAAACUCAGCAUUGCUGCAGCUAGUGGGUGCUCAGGUCCCUGAGCAGCAACCUAUUACUUUGUGUAGUGGAGUUGAAGACACAAAGCAUUAUGAGGAAGCCAAGAAAUGUGUAGAAGAAUUAGCAUUGUACCUGAAACCACUCAGCAGUGCUAGAGGAGUGGGUUUGAAUAGCACUACUCAGAGUGUUCUGAGUCGCCCAAUGCAGAGGAAGCUUGUGACUCUGGUCCACUGUCAACUAGUGGAAGAAGAAGGCCGGAUUCGUGCCAUGAGGGCAGCUCGCUCGUUAGGUGAACGAACAGUUACAGAGCUCAUUCUCCAGCACCAGAAUCCUCAACAACUCUCUUCCAAUCUUUGGGCAGCAGUCAGGGCUAGGGGCUGCCAGUUUCUUGGACCAGCAAUGCAGGAAGAAGCUCUAAAGCUGGUUCUACUGGCCUUAGAAGAUGGUUCAGCUUUGUCAAGAAAAGUAUUGGUUCUCUUUGUGGUGCAAAGGUUGGAGCCCCGGUUUCCUCAAGCCUCUAAAACUAGCAUUGGGCAUGUUGUUCAACUCCUUUAUAGAGCCUCCUGCUUCAAGAUAAGUAUUAUCUGGUCUUUGGGAAAGUUAAUGUUUAUCUUUUUUAAGUUGCAGACCCCAGCCUCUUUUGCACAGAGUGUUCAGGAACUAACAAUUGCUCUCCAGCGGACUGGAGACCCAGCAAACUUGAACCGACUAAGACCCCAUUUGGAGCUAUUAGCAAACAUUGACCCUAGUCCAGGAUUUCUCAGUCCUCCACAGCAUAGCAAAUAUAAAACAUACAUGUGUCGAGAUAUGAAGCAGAGAGGAGGAUGCCCUCGUGGGGCCAGCUGUACAUUUGCGCAUUCACAGGAGGAACUGGAAAAAUUUCGUAAGAUGAACAAGCGCCUGGUUCCCAGAAGACCCCUGAGUGCCUCUUUGGGUCAGCUUAAUGAGGUGGGCCUGCCCUCAACAGCUAUCCUUCCAGAUGAAGGUACAGUGGAUCUGCCUAGUAGAAAACCUCCUGCUCUGCCAAAUGGAAUUGUAUCAGCAGGGAAUACAGUAACACAGCUUAUUCCGCGAGGGACGGACCCCAGCUAUGAUUCUACUCUGAAACCAGGAAAGAUAGAUCAUCUGAGCAGUAGUGCUCCUGGAUCCCCUCCUGACUUGCUAGAAUCUGUCCCUAAGAGUAUUUCUGCCUUACCUGUGAAUCCACAUCCUGUACCUCCAAGGGGGCCAACAGAGCUGCCUGCCAUGCCUGUCACCAAACCACUUCAGAUGGUCCCACGAGGUUCUCAGUUAUAUCCAGCACAGCCGGCAGAUGUUUAUUAUCAGGAUCCUCGAGGAGCUGCUCCACCAUUUGAACCAGCACCUUAUCAGCAGGGUAUGUACUAUACUCCACCACCACAGUGUGUGUCCCGCUUUGUCCGACCUCCACCAUCUGCUCCUGAACCUGGUCCUCCAUACUUGGAUCAUUAUCCGCCCUACCUCCAAGAUCGCGUAGUAAACUCUCAGUAUGGCACACAGCCACAACAGUACCCCCCUAUGUACCCACCUCACUAUGAUGGCCGGCGAGUAUACCCUGCUCAGUCUUAUACGAGAGAAGAGAUAUUCCGAGAAAGCCCUAUACCCAUUGAGAUUCCACCUGCAGCAGUUCCAUCCUAUGUACCAGAAUCCAGAGAAAGAUUCCAACAGAUUGAGGGUUACUAUCCAGUGGCUCCUCAUCCACCUCAGAUCCGACCUUCGUACCUCAGAGAGCCUACUUACAGCCGGCUUCCUCCUCCUCCCCAGCCCCAUCCUAGUCUAGAUGAACUACAUCGCCGACGAAAGGAAAUAAUGGCCCAACUAGAGGAAAGAAAGGUUAUCUCUCCCCCUCCUUUUGCACCUUCACCAACAUUGCCUCCUACCUUCCAUCAAGAGGAAUUUUUGGAUGAAGACUUGAAGGUAGCUGGGAAAUACAAAGGGAAUGAUUAUAGCCAGUACUCUCCAUGGUCAUGUGACACCAUCGGCUCCUACAUUGGAACCAAAGAUGCAAAACCAAAAGAUGUUGUGGCAGCAGGGAGUGUGGAAAUGAUGAAUGUGGAGAGUAAGGGAAUGAGAGACCAGCGAUUGGAUCUGCAGAGAAGAGCGACAGAAACCAGUGACGAUGACCUUAUCCCGUUUGGAGACCGACCAACAGUGUCUCGGUUUGGUGCCAUCUCUCGAACUUCCAAAACGAUAUAUCAGGGUGCUGGCCCAAUGCAGGCUAUGGCACCUCAGGGAGCUCCCACAAAAUCUAUUAACAUUUCAGAUUAUAGUCCAUAUGGAACCCAUGGUGGCUGGGGAGGUUCUCCAUAUUCACCUCAUCAUAGCAUACCUUCUCAGGGACACUUCAGUGAGAGGGAGAGAAUAUCCAUGUCUGAAGUGGCCAGUCAUGGAAAACCCCUUCCAUCUGCUGAGAGGGAGCAGCUGCGACUAGAAUUACAGCAACUGAACCAUCAGAUUAGUCAGCAGACCCAGCUGCGUGGACUAGAGGCUGUUAGUAACAGGCUGGUGUUGCAGAGGGAGGCAAACACCCUGGCAGGCCAGCCACAGCCUCCACCACCACCUCCAAAAUGGCCUGGAAUGAUCUCAAGUGAGCAGUUGAGCUUGGAACUGCACCAGGUGGAAAGGGAAAUUGGGAAGAGAACCCGAGAGCUGAGUAUGGAGAGCCAGUGUUCUCUGGACAUGAAAAGCAAACUGAAUACAAGUAAGCAAGCAGAGAAUGGACAACCAGAACCACAAAACAAAGUUCCAGCUGAGGACCUUACAUUGACAUUCAGUGAUGUACCGAAUGGAUCAGCCUUGACACAAGAGAAUAUCAGCCUCCUAUCAAACAAGACCAGCUCUCUGAACCUGUCGGAGGACCCGGAGGGAAGAGGAGAUAACAAUGACUCCCAGAAAUCAGGAGUUACUCCCAGUUCUGCUCCCUAAACUAUGAGGAGUUGUACUUUUAUCUUCUGCUCCUAAACAAUUUGUAGGGCAUAGGGGUAGGAAAAUGGAUAACUUCUAAACUUUUUUUCUAAGAGUGGUCAGAGAAAUCCAGGAAAUGUACCAGAGGCAAUGUGCACAAACACCACUACUAAAAACAAACCCUGCACAUAGUUCACAUUAAUACAUUUUUUUAAUUUAAAGAAAAAGAAAAUUAGCAGUAUCUGCAAGCAAUUCAGAUUAAAUUUGUUUUUGUUCUGUGAAUGAACUUUAUUUUAAUAACUUUGGACGCCUUGGAUCCAGGGCUUUAAAAAAAAGAAGAUAUUAUAUAUACACUCUGUUUGAUUAAUUGUAUGAUCUUAAUGAAGUAGGUUUUUCUUGUAUUUUGGUAUUAUUACAUACCCAGUGUAUAAUUCCCUACCCCCAACCCUUUCCAACUCUCACCACCCCAUAAACUUAAAACAGACAAAAAGCAUCAGCUCUUCUGAGAAUUCUGUGGUGCUUGAGAAACAAAGAGACAACAAUGAACUGAGUUAUUAGAAAAUGUGCAGCAAACCAACUUUUCCCAGAAUUUUUUUUCUUUCUGGAUCAUUAGC